AUGCCGAGUCGCCGCUUGGCUGUGCUGAAACGAGCAACAUCAUCUUCAAGCAACUUGCGUACUGGUGACACCAAUGAUCCAAGUUUUGAUUUAAGACGGGAAGUGGCAAAGUUUGACGCAAACAUUCCAGUUGAAGCUGCUACCACACCACCUUCCACCUGGUUCACGAGACCAGAAUUUCAUCAACUGGAAGUACACACGGUAUUCCACGACGCAUGGAUGUUCGCAGGAAGAGUAGAUCAGAUUACAAAGCCUGGAAAAUUCUUUACCGGGACGAUUGGCAAAGAGCCGUACAUAGUUUUACGCGAUGAGAACAACGAACUAAAAGCAUUCUACAAUGUAUGUCGUCACCAUGCUAUGCAAAUCGUCAAUGAUACGGAAGGGACAGUGAAAGACUUGCAAUGUCCAUAUCAUGGAUGGACGUAUGCCUUAAGCGGCAGACUGAAGAAAGCCACUCGCCUCCGCGGAAUAAAGAAUUUCUCCGCCCGUAACUUCGGACUAAUUCCGAUGAUGGUCAAGGCAUGGGGUCCGUUAAUUUUCAUCAGACCCAACAAGAUUUCCGAGGAGAAGGACAAUUUCUUUGAAGACCUGGAAUCCUUGAAGAACCGCUUGGAUGGCAUUGGUUUCAGCUCUGGAAUGAAGUUCAUGAAGCGUAUUACAUACACCCUAAACUGCAACUGGAAGGUAUUCGUAGAUAAUUAUCUAGACGGUGGAUACCACGUCUCAACAGCGCACAAAGAUCUAAGUGUGGCACUGGAUGCAAGCUCUUAUAGAACCGCGGUGCAUGAAUGGCAUUCGAUACAAUCAGUCAGCGCCGUGGGCUCCGAAGAGCGUGUCUGUGGCGACGCGAUAUACGCGCAUAUAUUCCCCAAUCUAAUGAUAAACCGUUAUGGUCCGUGGAUUGACACUAACGUCGCACUACCACUCACACACAACACGUGUAUGAUUGUCUUUGACUAUUUCCUCGAAGAAGAUUAUAUCCAACAAAAGAGCGAAGAAGACCUGCAGAACAUUCUGGACACGAGCUUCACAGCCAGCGAUAAAGUGCAACAAGAGGACAUCUUUCUAUGUGAGGGCGUUCAACGUGGACUGGAAUCAUCGGCUUAUGAUUUGGGAAGAUACGCGCCUGGCGUCGAAUUUGCCGAUCACAUGUUUCACGUCAAACUUGCGGAACUAUUCCGAAGACAUCUGAAAAUUCCAUAG